AUGCAGGUUCAAACGUUUGGUAUCGCCGAAAUCAGCUCGCGGCUGCGCAACGCAGAUUACAGUGUCUUCCUGCCUUUCGGAGAGUUCCUCGGCUUGGCUGACAUUGGCAACAUUGUUGUUGGAAGCGACAGAGAAAAGACGGAAGUCGUCCUUGACGAAAAGCGAUGGCCUGGCAAUGAAGCUCGGGCAGGUAGCACUGGUGUGUUCUUGAGUGAAAGAUGCUGGGCCGAUAUUGCCAACGUUGGGGAACGUGUAUUCCCGACCUAUGGCGCUCCCGGUGCCGAUGGCGACGGCUUCCAGACCUCUGGUGGAAACCCGGAUUCUAAGGUCCGACUUCUCAACCCCGCCGACCAAUCUCCCGGUGCCUUCAUCUACGGAGAAGAAGGCAAACAGGGCUACUUCGGAAGCCGUGAACUUGAUGGGCGUUCGGACGCUGGUGGAUCAGCCUUCAACUCUGGUGACAUGUUCCACAACCUCGAGACCAAGGAGGAAAUGCUUGAGAAAGGCAACAACAAGGAUAUGGAAGAAGUGGAUGAAGCCACCGUCUCAGGCACCCGUCGUCGCUGGAUGUUCUUGGUUUAUCUGCUCACUUUCUAUAUCCCAGAUUUCGCCAUCAAAUUCAUUGGUCGGAUGAAGCGAAAGGAUGUACGUGUUGCCUGGCGCGAGAAGCUUGCCAUCAAUCUUAUUAUCUGGUUCGCUUGCGGUGUUGCUGUGUUCAUGAUCGUUGGUUUCCCCGGUGUCGUUUGUCCAACCCAAGAUGUCUAUAACACUGCCGAACUCAGCAACCAUAACGGCAAGGAUGGUCAAAACUCCUUCGUCGCUAUCAGAGGUGUAGUCUUCAACCUUGGCAACUUCAUUCCAUCCCACUACCCCAACAUCGUUCCGGAGAAGUCGUUGAAGAACUAUGCUGGUGUGGAUGCCACCAACCUUUUCCCCGUCCAGGUGUCUGCGUUGUGCCAGGGAACUACCGGAAAGGUUGAUCCCAGUGUGCCCCUCGACUACCGAUCAAACUUGAACGAUUCGGCAGAGACAACCACCAGUACCACUUUCGAUAUCAACGCCAAGUACCAUGACUUCCGCUCUUGGACCAACGACUCUCGUGCGGAUUGGUUCUAUGAGCAAAUGGUUAUGAUGCGCGCAAACUACAAAAAGGGAUACAUUGGAUACACGGGCAAAGCCAUGAAGAAGCUGGCCACGGAUGAUUCCAAGAACGUUGCGAGCAUUAAUGGAAAGAUUUACGACAUGACUUAUUACAUCGCUGGACCGCGCGUUGCCCGCUUCCCCACUGGAAAGAAUGGAAGUAGCAACGUCGAUACCGACUACAUGGAUCCCUUAGUUGUCGACCUCUUCCAAGGACGUUCUGGUCAGGAUGUGACCAAAUACUGGGAUAAUCUGGACUUCGAUACCACGCUCCGCUCUCGCAUGCAGCUUUGCCUCGACAAUUUGUUCUUCAUUGGCAAGGUAGAUACGCGAGACUCGGUCCGCUGCCAAUUCGCACGGUACUUCAUUCUUGCCAUCUCUAUUAUGCUAUGUGCCAUUAUUUUGUUCAAGUUCUUGGCUGCCCUCCAAUUUGGAAAGAAGAACCUUCCGGAGGACUUGGACAAGUUCAUCAUUUGUCAAGUGCCGGCCUACACCGAGGACGAAGAAUCCUUGCGUCGUGCCAUGGACUCCAUGGCUCGCAUGCGUUACGAUGAUAAGCGCAAGCUCUUGCUGGUUAUCUGUGAUGGCAUGAUUAUUGGACAAGGCAAUGACCGCCCUACUCCUCGCAUCGUUCUUGACAUUCUCGGUGUUCCCGAAUCCGUCGACCCUGAGCCUCUCAGCUUUGAGAGUCUGGGUGAGGGUAUGAAGCAGCAUAACAUGGCAAAGAUCUACUCCGGUCUAUACGAAGUUCAAGGUCACAUUGUGCCCUUCCUUGUUGUCGUGAAGGUUGGAAAGCCUUCCGAAGUUUCCCGCCCUGGUAACCGUGGUAAGCGUGACUCUCAGAUGGUUCUCAUGCGUUUCCUCAAUCGUGUCCACUACAAUCUGCCUAUGAGCCCUAUGGAGCUUGAGAUGCAUCACCACAUUCGCAACAUCAUUGGUGUCAACCCAAUGUUCUAUGAGUAUAUUCUCCAGGUCGAUGCCGAUACUAUGGUUGCGCCAGAUUCUGGUACUCGUUUCGUCUCAUCCUUUAUGUCCGAUACUCGUCUCAUUGGUGUCUGUGGAGAAACCUCUUUGUCCAACGCCAAAACCUCUGUCGUGACCAUGAUCCAAGUUUACGAAUACUACAUCUCCCACAACUUGACCAAGGCUUUCGAGAGUUUGUUCGGAUCCGUCACUUGUCUGCCCGGUUGUUUCAGUAUGUACCGUGUCCGUGCGGCUGACGGUGGAAAACCACUCUUCGUUAGCAAAGACGUGGUCGAUGCCUACUCUGAGAUUCGUGUUGAUACUCUUCACAUGAAGAACUUGCUGCAUCUUGGUGAGGAUCGUUAUUUGACGACCCUACUCAUCAAGUAUCAUCCUAAGUACAAGACCAAGUAUAUCUUCCGAGCCCACGCCUGGACCGUCGCACCUGAGAGCUUCGCAGUUUUCCUUUCCCAGCGUCGUCGUUGGAUUAACUCUACUGUGCACAACUUGAUGGAGCUGAUUCCUCUCGACCAACUCUGCGGUUUCUGUUGUUUCAGUAUGCGUUUCAUUGUGCUCAUGGAUCUCCUCAUGACUAUCAUUCAGCCUGUCACCGUCGCCUACAUCAUCUACCUGAUCUACUGGUGUGUUAGUGAACCGGACGUGCUUCCAAUUACCUCCUUCAUUCUCUUGGGUGUUAUUUACGGUCUGCAAGCAUUGAUCUUCAUCAUCCGACGCAAGUGGGAGAUGGUCGGGUGGAUGUUGAUCUACCUCAUGGCUAUUCCCAUCUUCUCUCUCGCCCUGCCACUCUACUCCUUCUGGAACAUGGAUGACUUCUCCUGGGGUAACACGCGUGUCAUUACUGGAGAGAAGGGUCGCAAGGUCGUCAUCUCCGAUGAAGGAAAAUUCGACCCCAACUCUAUCCCUAAGAAAAAGCUGCUGGAUCAUCAGGCCGAGCUCAUGGCCGAUGCCCAGACCUCCCGUGACGACCGUUCCGAGUUCUCCGCUCACUCCUACGGCACCAAGUCGCACGCCUUCCCCCAGUCCGAGUACGGGUUCCCGGCUUCUCGUCCUCACUCCCAGUUGGACUUGCCUCUUGGCAUGGGCUCUCGUUACUCAGUCGCCCCAUCUGAGAUGAUGAGUCACAUGGACAUGAACAUGGAAGAUCUCAGCCAUCUGCCCCCCGAUGACGAGAUUCUCGAAGAAAUCCGCCGGAUCUUGGAGACCGGUGACUUGAUGAAGAUCUCCAAGAAGACGGUCAAGCAAGAACUCGAAAGGCGUUUCGGCGUCAACCUCGACGCCAAGCGGCCUUACAUCAACUCCGCUACCGAGGCUGUUCUUUCCGGUGUUCUUUGA